AUGCUUUACUCCUUUCUCAUUACAGCGGCUGCUAUCCUCGCACCAGCUCUUGCGGUGGUCCAACCUCUGAACACCACUAUCCUUGGACGAUAUGGCCACUCUCCACCAGUCUACCCUUCCCCGAAUACCACUGGCCUCGGUGGUUGGGAAGAGGCCUUGGUCAAAGCAAAAAACUUCGUUGCCCAACUGACCCCAGAGGAGAAGGCGAACAUGGUGACAGGACGUCCUGGGCCGUGUGUAGGUAACAUCCUUGCCAUUCCCCGUCUAGGCUUCUCGGGCAUGUGUCUUCAAGAUGGUCCUCUGGCCAUCCGUACCGUGGAUUACGCGAGUGUUUUCCCAGCUGGAGUUACCACUGCUGCGUCUUUCGAUCGCGAAUUAAUGUAUGAGCGAGGGGUCGCUAUGGGUGCUGAGUUUAGGGGCAAAGGAGCUACAGUUGCGCUGAGUCCCGUCGCAGGCCCUCUCGGUAGAUCGGCUUAUGCUGGUCGCAAUUGGGAAGGUUUCUCCCCAGAUCCAUACCUCACCGGCGUUGCCAUGGAAGAGACGAUUAUCGGCCUCCAAAGCAACGGUCUCCAGGCCUGUGCAAAGCACUGGAUCGGCAACGAGCAAGAAACGCAGCGAAAUCCAUCCUACGUCAACGGCUCUAUUUUCCAGGAAUCUAUCUCCGCCAACAUUGACGACCGAACCAUGCAUGAGUUGUACAUGUGGCCAUUCGCAAAUGCCAUCAAAGCUGGCGUUGCAAGUAUAAUGUGCUCUUAUCAACGUCUCAACGGAUCAUAUUCUUGCGAGAAUUCCAAGUCUCUCAAUGGAUAUCUUAAAGGGGAACUUGGCUUCCAAGGUUAUGUUAUGUCCGAUUGGGGUGCAACCCACUCCGGCGUUGCUUCGAUUGAAGCUGGCUUGGACAUGAACAUGCCUGGUGGACUGGGCUCGUAUGGUAGCACCUUCGGCGAAGCAUCCGACUUUGGCGGGAACGUCACCCUGGCAGUCAACAACGGCACUCUCGCUCAAUCGAGAGUAGACGACAUGAUCACUCGUAUCAUGACCCCUUACUUCUUCCUCGGCCAGGACAGGGACUACCCGUCUAUCGACCCCUCUUCCGCAGACCUGAACACCUUCUCUCCGAAAGACACCUGGUUUACUGAGUGGGUUCUAAACGGCACCCGCAGCCGUGAUGUACGCGCCGACCACGGCGAUCUCAUUCGCAAGCAUGGCGCUUCAUCCACUGUCCUGCUCAAGAACGUCAACAACACUCUCCCCCUUCAAAAGCCCAAAUCUAUCGCAGUGUUCGGAAACGACGCAGGCGAAGAUUCACAAGGCUUCUACAAUCAAGAAAAUUUUGAAUUCGGCACACUUGUCGCUGGCGGUGGUUCCGGCACCGGGCGCUACACAUACUUAAUCACACCCCUCGAAGCCAUUAAAGCGCGUGCCAAAGCUGAUGGCUCCCUCAUCCAGCAAUGGCUCAACAACACCCUCAUCGCAAGCAAAGACAUCGCCACGCUCUCCAUCCCUGAACAGCCAGACGUCUGCCUUGUCUUCCUCAAGACCUGGGCCGAGGAAGCUGCCGAUAGGCAAUCGCUCGAACUCGACUGGCAAGGAAACCAAGUCGUCGAAUCCGUUGCCUCUUUUUGCUCCAACGUCGUCGUGGUCACGCAUUCCUCCGGCAUCAACGACCUCCCGUUCGCCAGCCACCCCAACGUAACCGCCAUCCUCGCAGCCCACUACCCGGGCCAGGAGUCCGGCAACUCCAUCGUCGACAUCCUCUACGGCGACGUCAACCCCUCCGGCAAGCUGCCCUACACCAUCGCCCUCUCGAACGACGACUACAACGGCCUCCCCACCACCGCCGUUAACGACACCAGCCCCGACGCCUGGCAGGCCUGGUUCGACGAGAAGCUCGAGAUCGACUACCGCCACUUUGACGCCCGCAACAUGUCGGUGCGCUACGAAUUUGGCUUCGGCCUCUCGUACACCAACUUCUCCCUCGCCGACACUGCCAUCUCCAAGCUCGCGGAUAGUAGCGCCAUCGCUGCCGCUGCGCCGCCCGCUGCUGCUGCCGCCUCACCCGGCGGUAACCCGGCGCUGUGGGACGCUCUCUACACCGUCGCCGUCACGCUGACGAACACGGGCACAGUGGCCGGCGCCGAGGUACCGCAGCUGUAUCUCUCUUUCCCGGCGACCGCUCCGCCCGGCACGCCGCCAAAGCAGCUCCGCGGGUUCGAGAAAGUCUUCCUGGCUGCGGGUGCGAGCGCGCGGGUUGGUUUUACGCUGAUGCGAAGGGAUCUCAGCUAUUGGGAUGUGGGCCGCCAGGACUGGAUCAUUCCGUCGGGGGCGUUCAGGGCCAGUGUUGGCUUUAGCAGUCGGGAUCUUGUGGUUUCGGAGGGGUUUACUGUUCUGUAG